AUGUUCUCUGCCGUUAGAAGAGGACCAGCCUUGAUAUCCAGAUCCCUUCGCGCAGUCCCAUCAACCAUCCGAAUUCCUUCAACCAGACCUUCAACUCUCUGUUUGAAUUUACACAAAACCUCAAGACCCUCUGUUGAGUCAAGAUGGUUACAUGUUUCUGCAGCUUUACAAUUACCAAGUGUUGCCACCAAAGAAAAUGCUGUUGAGCAAGAACCUCAAGUCAUUACUCGAUUCGAUGACCUCACCAAGUAUGGCUUGGUUCACCCAAAUGUUAUCAACGAAAUUACCAAUGGCAUGAAACUCGAAACCAUGACUGAAGUACAAACCUUGACAAUCAAUCAAGCUCUGAAAGGAGCCGAUAUCAUUGCACAAGCACGAACUGGUACCGGAAAGACAAUUGGUUUCUUACUUCCUACUAUUCAAAACAUUCUUGAGAAGAGUCCUGAGCUUGCAUCUCGCCAACGUUCUUCCAGAGCCAAAUCUUCCGACAUUCGCGCACUUAUUAUUUCACCCACUCGUGAAUUGGCAGAACAAAUUGCUGUUGAAGCUGUGAAAAUUACAAGAAACACAGAUUUGAUCGUACAGGUCGCAGUCGGAGGAUCAAACAAGAGAGACAUGCUUAGAAAGGUUCAACGUGAGGGUUGUCACAUCCUCGUGGGAACCCCUGGAAGACUUCAAGAUCUUCUAGAGGAUCAAUACAGCCAAGUAUCUGCUCCUGGAUUGACAACUUUGGUCCUUGAUGAAGCGGACCGACUUCUAGAUGAUGGUUUCUCUAAGGAUAUCGAGAAUAUUCAAGGUUCGUUGCCAAACCGUAGAGAAGUUGACCGUCAAACACUAUUGUUUUCCGCCACUGUUCCAAGAGAGGUCAUGAGUCUUGUUAGACGAAUGUUGAAGCCUGAUCACCAGUUUGUACAAGGUGUCAAGGCAGGAGAUGUUGCCACACACGAAAAGAUCCCUCAGAUGAUUGUCGCCACACCUGGAAUGGAGAACUUCAUGCCAGCUCUAGUCGAGCUUUGCAAGAAGGGAAUAGAAAAGGCCAACACUGCGGGUUCUUCCCCAUUCAAGGCUAUUGUCUACUUGAACUCAACUUCGAACGUCCAGUUGGCUGGAGAAAUUUUCAAGGGCUUGGAUUCAAUUCAAUCCCUCGAAAUAUCUACUAUUCACGGCAAGCUCACGCAAGAAAGAAGAACCAGAGUUACAGACAGAUUCCGUUUUGCCCGUUCCGCGGUCAUGUUCUCGAGUGAUGUCACUGCACGAGGAAUGGACUUUCCAAAUGUUACCCACGUCGUCCAAAUUGGCCUUCCUCAGCAGAAAGAUCAAUACAUCCAUCGUGUAGGACGAACUGGAAGAGGAGGCAAAGAAGGAGAAGGAUGGAUCCUCUUGACUCAACCCGAGCUUCCAGCUGCUCGCCGCUUACUAUCGGGCCUCCCAAUCAAACCUGACAACACCCUCCAAACGGCUCUUGUCGAUAUGAAACAAGAUGCUCAACUGCCAGCCCAUGUCGCGGAAAUUCUCAACGAAGUCGGUUUAGCUACAAAGAGAGUCGAUCGUGAAGUCAAGGUUGAGGCUUACAUGGGAGGAAUUGGCCAAGCAGGUAAAGGCUCAGACUCAAAAACAUUAAUGACAAACUUGAACAAUUGGUCCAAGUAUGGUUGGGGUUGGGAGAAACCUCCUCUUAUUGGUCCUGGCAUGGCACAAAAAUUGGGAGUAUCUAAGCUUCCAGGCAUGAAUAUUGGACACGCUAAUCGCGAGGAAGGAGCUGGUGAAAGUAGUGGUGGAGGUGGCGGAGGUGGCGGAAGAGGAUUUGGUAGUGGUGGUGGUGAUAGAGGAUUUGGUAGUGUUGGUAGUGGUGGUGAUAGAGGUUUCGGUGGUGGUGAUAGAAGUGGCGGAGGUGGUGGCGGUCGAGGAUUUGGCGGUGGACGAGGUGGUGGUGAUAGAGGUGGUGGAAGAGGAUUCGGUGGUGGUGAUAGAGGCGGUGGAAGAGGAUUUGGUAGUAGAAAUGAUGGAGGUGGUGCAAGUCGAGGAUUUGGUGGUGGUGAUAGAGGUGGUGGAAGAGGAUUCGGUGGUGGUGACAGAGGUGGUGGAAGAGGAUUUGGUGGUGGUGAUAGAGGAGGUUCAAGGGGAGGCUCCUCAAGGGGAGGAGGCUCAAGGCCAUCUGCAAGUUUCUAA